AUUUUUCCUAUCAAAUCGACUGAAGUUUACACGGGCGAAGUAUUACAGAAGUUUAGCUCAAGCGGUUACACAACAUGCAAUAAGUAAAUAGAGUCAAAAUGUCGCAAAAAGAAUUGGCCGCCCUUGUCGGCAGCACCACAAGAACGAGCCGCAAACGCAACGUGCCCACAUCGCCAAUGUCUACCCGUUCGGAGCCGAGAUCCAUUAUAGAGAUACAUAUAAACAACGAUACCUCUUCCACAAAGAGAGCUUGCAGGGAAUCAGAGAAUCCAAGUGUAAGGGUUGAGCAGCCGCAGCAGCAGGAAGAAGAGGUCCAGGGUCAAGUGCCGACCGAAGAGGAGCAGCAGCGGUACAAUGAGUUCCGGACCAGUGGCUCGAUAUUCUUGCAGGAUUUGCCCUGCUUCAAGCUGCAUCUAGCACAACCCGCAGAAGGGUCCUCACCAAUUCCCAAGUGUCGAGAGUGCCGAAGAAGAAAUUUGGCCACCAAAGACGGUGAAACCAGUUCCGUCAGCGAUGUAUACUGCCGGUUCUAUGAAUUUCGACGACUUCAGUUUAAUGCGAAAGGAGAAUUGGGAGUGGUUGGAUUUCCAAAUCCCUAUAGUGAGCCCUUACCAGAGGAUAUCGCCAUUUGGCAGCCGGAUAAAACUACAGCCCCUACCAGUGGUUACAUGGACAUACAGGUCUGCAGAUACAUUUUACUGCAUGCCGGAGAUCAGUUUUGCUAUUUAUGGCGUCAGGAGGCGGAGGCUUUAAGAUUACAUCAAAAUCCGGAUGGCACCAUUGCCUGGAAGAAGGCCGUGAAGGGAACCAGAGAGAUUUGCGAUGUGUGUGACACCACGCUAUUCAACUAUCACUGGACCUGUCGGAAAUGCGGUUUUGGAGUGUGCCUGGACUGCUUCAAGGAUCGCAAGGAGGGACAGCGGCUGCGUCGUGCAGAGAACGCAGCCCAAAAGGGAUGCGAUGAGUACCAUUGGCUGCUUUGCAGCGAUCCUAGUGGACCACAGGAGCACUCACUAACUGAGCUGAUGUUGACCCAGAUCAUAGCAGGAGAUGCUCUUAACGUCUUGGGCAGGUUGCUACACGAGGUGCGGACUUUGUGGCAGGUGCCACAGGUCUGCGGCUGUCUCCUCAGCAAACAGGCAGUAGAGGACGCUCAGCUAAACGAGUUGAUCCAGGAUAUGAUUAAGGAGUCUCAAUUGAAGCAGCACACUAGUUAUUCAUCCCUAGCCUCCGAGCAGAAAGUACACCAACAGCAGCGUCUCGAUCAGCUGCACGCCAAGAAACUGGAGUUCGCCAGGGAACGGGGAAUAGACUAUGUGCCGGGAAGAGUUUGGACCAAGGAAACCUUGGGAAAGGAUCCUAUAACCACGGCCUUUGACAACUUCAAGCACAUUAAUUUUCUUAGGAAGGGAUUAGCCGGCUUGAGAAGGUUCCUUCCGCCCAGGGCAAUGACUUUGGCCCACUCUACUCAGUUGGCACCAGGAGUUCCACACGAGUGGCUCUGCGAUGGCAAGCUAUUGCGGCUCACGGACGCCAUGCAUCCUGAUAAUCGAGUUCUAUAUCAAGAGGUGUGGAAGUGCGGCCAGCCUGUGAUGAUUUCCGAGGUGGCUCGAUCAUUGAACUUGGAUCUAUGGCAUCCGCAGGCUUUUUGUCGGGAUUUUGGAGACAAACCUAACGAUCUAAUUAAUUGUUUAAAUGGAAAUUUAGUUCCUAAUCAGCCAAUGCGCCACUUUUGGGAGGGAUUUCAGUGUAUGAACAAGCGUCUACUAGAUGCCAAUGGCAAACCAAUGCUCUUGAAAUUAAAGGAUUGGCCACCGGGUGAUGAUUUUGCCGAGAUACUGCCGACCAGGUUUGCUGAUUUGAUGAAGGGACUGCCCAUGCCGGAGUACACUCUGCGUACAGGAAACCUUAACAUUGCUAGCUGUCUGCCCAAGAUGUUUGUCCCACCUGAUUUGGGACCAAAAAUGUACAAUGCCUAUGGUUCGGCUCUGCACCCUGAUAAGGGCACAACCAAUCUCCACUUAGAUAUCUCGGAUGCAGUCAACAUAAUGGUUUAUGUGGGAAUACCCCAAGAUGGGGACACCAAACCGCAGCUGGCGGCUACUCAGAAAGCCAUCGCUCUGGGUGGUUGCGAUUAUAUUACUAGAGCUCGUUGUCAAUCGCCGGAUGUCUUACCCGGAGCUCUUUGGCAUAUUUUUCCUGCUCGGGAUGCGGACAAAAUAAGAGAUUUGCUUAACCGCGUGACCCUAGAGAAGGGUUUCCGCCUGGAGCCAGAUCACGAUCCUAUUCACGAUCAAAACUGGUAUUUGGACGACAAGUUACGCGCUCGAUUGUUUAAGGAAUAUGGCGUGGAGGGUCAUCCUAUUGUUCAGUGCUUGGGCGAUGCUGUAUUUAUACCGGCUGGUGCUCCUCAUCAGGUCCAGAAUCUACACAAUUGUAUCAAGGUGGCCGAGGAUUUUGUCUCACCGGAAAACAUCACUCACUGCUAUCAUCUUACUCACGAGUUCAGAAAACUUUCGCACUCCCAUACAAAUCACGAGGAUAAGCUUCAGAUCAAGAACAUUAUCUACCAUGCCAUAAAGGACUGCUGCACCAUCCUAACCAGAGCUUUGGACGAGCGCAUCGAUGCUGAAAUGGCCAAGUUGGCAGCAGAAUAGAUGUCAUCAUCGAACUUUUUCUUACAAUGAAAUAAAAUUUACAAAUCAGAUCUUUUUGUUAAGAUUUUAAUUUUUCAAACAUUCAAUAAAUAAUU